UUUGUCAAAAAACCCAUCUCCAGAAAAUUUUGCUUCUUCGAAAUCAAAUCGAACUGGAGUAUACUCAAUCAAAUUAUGAUUUCACUCUUCCUACUCACAUUCAUCACUUUAUUGUUUGUUACCUCCCAAGUUAUCAUUGGUCUCUAUGUCAGCAAACAUUUUUUCACUCUAUUCGCUUAAAAUGCAGUCAAAAAUUACACAGAUAGCACAUGUAUACUGCAGUCUGCACAUGGACUUGUCAGAUUACAGUAUAAAAUUAAUCAUCAUUCGAUUCUGCAUUAGUUUAAACUUAUCCUGUAGUCACAAAUGAAUCCAUCAUUGAAACCAUUAAUUUUGCUUCUCAAUUGUAAAAUGGCAAUAAUACAUUUUCUAAAUGUGUUAAUAGUAAUUGCUAUCUAGCUGGAAAUUAUUCAAGUUCCUCGAAUUCUUUCGUAGUAGUAACAAAUCAUCCGUAAUCAAGCUUUAUAUGGACGAAAUAAAUGAGUACAAUUAAGCUGAUGAAAUUUUAUAAAAUUCAGAUGAUGAAUUCAACGCUAAUCUGCUCUAUACUAUUUAUUUGAUUAGCGGCUCAUUCUUAUUAAUCUUGCUACUUGGAUGGAUAUUCGCUUAUUACAUCGUGCGUCCUCUUAAAAAGUUAGCAGAAUAUGCAUAACAUAUCAAUUAAAAUACUACUCGUUUAUCAACUGGAAAAAGAAGCAAAUAAAAACCAAUAGAAUUGCAAGAUAUAACAGCUUAAGAUAAAAUAGGAGAGUUGGUUGAUGAAUUUAAGAAUCUUAUUUAGGGAUUGGCUGGAUUGAAAAAGGGAAAUAUAUAAAAAAAAUCUCAAGAAAUUAAACCAUUUUUGGAAGGAUAUGAAAAUUAAAAUUAAGAUUAGUUUUAGGAACUAUUGACUGAAAUUAAUAAAAUAGAAGAGGAAAAGCAAAUAGGUCAAUUUAAUUAUGAUUUCUUAUGA